CCACUCUGCCCGCGUUCCGCGAGUAUAAGAGCCCGCAGCGACCACCCUCAGCUACACACAAGUCUUCACAGCUUCAUCCGUCCGCAGCUCUGCAGCAACAAAACCUACCCGCCAACAUGAAGGUUCUGGCUAUUGUCUUCCUCGCCCUCGCCGUAGUUGCCUACGCCGAAGAGGCCGCUGAGAAGAAGGAGGCCGCCCCGGAGGCAGUCGCCGAAGAGAAGAAGCAGGAGAAGCGCGGUCUCCUGGGUCUGGGCUACGGCGCCGCCCCCGCCAUCGGCUACGCCGCCCACGGUAUCGGCUACGCCGCCCCCGCUGUGAGCUACGCCGCCCCCGCUGUGAGCUACGCUGCCCCUGCCUACGCCGCAUACGCCGCCCCCGCCGUCGCUAAGGUCGCCGCCCCCGCCGUGGCCUACGCCGCCCCCGCUGUCGCCAGGGUUGCCGCUCCCGUCGCCAGGGUGUCCUACGCCGCCCCCGCCAUCAGCUACGCCGCCCCCGCCGUGAGCUACGCAGCUCCCGCAUACGCCGCCUACGCCGCCCCUGCCGUCGCUAAGGUCGCCGCCCCCGCCGUGGCCUACGCCGCCCCCGCCGUGGCUGCCGCCCCUGCCGUAGCCUACGCCGCCCCCGCCGUGGCUAAGGUCGCCGCCCCUGCUGUGGCCUACGCCGCCGCCCCCGCAGUGAGCUACGCCGCCCCCGCUUACGCCGCGUACGCCGCCCCCGCCAUCGCUAAGGUGGCCGCCGCCCCCGCCCUCUCCUACGCCGCCUACGGCUACGGACACGGUCUGGCUUACCACUAAAUGCAUCACCAAGAACAGGAUGUGCCACUUCACAGUUCAGAAUCCGCAGUGCUGUUGGCAAACCGGAUGGAGCCUCGACGCUGCCGCCACGGAGUGAACUCUCCACCAAACUCUUCCUUCACUUCUCACCAGUCGUCGUCAACAACUCCCUUCCAUCAACUAAUUUAUUGAUUCCAUCGCUGCGCCCAAUGAAUAACAGUUACUCACUGUUGUGCACGCUUCUUCAAACCCCGUCGGUGGUCUUGCGACCUUCGACGUGAUCUUUUUUCUAGGAAUAAACAAUAUAAAAAUAUA